AUGAGGUUUUGCUUUGAAGGAGAGGUCCCUGGCGCGGCUGUGGCAGGAGGGUGGAGUUUGCCGGCGAUGGGGUCCCCUCUCGAAAUGAAAGCGGCGGCCUGGCGCAGCUCGACGCAGACGACGCCUCAGACAUCACCGCAGCAGCAGCGGCGGCGGCGGCUACCACAACAGCAACAGGGGACACCGGACAUGGAGGGAUUGUUUUCGCUCUCGUCGGAGAUCCGUGAACGAGGGAAGGGCCUACGGUUCGCGCCAACAACGUUGGGGACGCAGCGGAGGUUGACUAAUUCAAUGAAACCGGCAGCAGAAACAACAACAACAGCAACGACAACCACAGCCGCACCGUCGGUUUCAUCCACCGCCGCGGUGCCGUCGCGGUCGACGCCUCAUUUUCUUCCACUGCAUGACCGGCCGGCAUUCCUCGCCGAAUUGCUUCACCGCACGGUCUUCGUGUAUGGCCUUCACACCGUGGAGGAGUGUCGUGCGCUGCUGCAGCUCCUGCAGGCAAAAUGCGGCCCUAUUGCCGGCGCCUUUCGUACCGCCAACCACACACGCGACGGGAAUGACACAUCGUCGUGGUCCUACGACGCUGUUGCUGGUGGCGGCGGCGGGUGCGUGGUCAUUUGUGUGGCCUUCUACCGCGCCGACAGUGCCUGCAUGGCGCUGCGCCUUGACAACACCGCCCAAGUCUUUCAGAAGCGUUUUGUGGUGGAGAGCGCCACCCAAUUCCAGCAUCUUUCGAGAAGUUAUGCAUCCAUGCCGGUGUCCUCCGCCAAUUCCAUGCGUGCCAGCGCGGAGUCGCCGCAGCACGAGCGGCUGUGGCUGCUUCUUUUCUCAACGACCGUCGGGGCGGCAAAGAUUGACUGGCGGGCGGCCGCCGCCGCUGUGGGGCGUGGCGAAGCACUGCUGUUGACAUCUACCCUGUUCCCCGCGAGGCUCGAUAAAGGUGUUGAUGAUACUAAAGCCAGUCUGGGGUUUCUCACCAAUCGCGAUACCGCGAGUGCGAGUCGAUAUCGCACGCAUCUCGGUUUCAAACCCACCGCGGCUGGGAGGGACGCUGAAGUCGGCAGCAGCAGCAGCAGCGGUGGUGGC